AUGUUUACCAAGCAAGAUGGGCAGCACUUCACUAUUAUAGUAGCCUAUGUUGAUGAUCUUUUGUUAACUGGGUCUGAUCUUCCUAUUAUUCAGCUUAUUAAGCAAGCUUUGGAUAGUGCUUUUACUAUCAAAGAUCUAGGUGAACUGACCUAUUUCUUAGGGAUUGAAGUCUCUAGAUCUCCUGCUGGAAUUUUACUUAAUCAAAGGAAGUAUAUUGUGGAUAUGUUAAAAGAUACUAAGCUGGAAUUUUGUAAAACUACUGCCUUUCCAUUUCCUAAGGCUCUUAAGCUUAAUGCUCAUGAUGGUGAAAGAUUAGAAGAUCCAGAAAUUUACAGAAGACUUGUUGGGAAAUUUCUAUAUUUGAAUAUGACAAGACCAGACAUAUCUUAUGUAGUUCAGCAGCUCAGCCAGUUCUUAAGUGAUCCAAGGACACCACAUCUAAAUGAUGCCAUGUAUGUUAUCAGAUACUUGAAAGGCACUAUUGAUCAUGGUUUGUUGUAUGAUCAUAAUGAUUUGCAGCUCCAAGCUUACAGUGAUGCAGAUUGGGGAAAUUGUCCUGUAUCUGGGAGAUCCCUAAUAGGUUAUUGUAUUUUUCUUGGGAAUUCCUUUAUUUAUUGGAAGACUAAAAAGCAGAAGGUUGCGUCUAAAAGUUCAGCAGAGGCAGGGUAUAGGAGCAUGAGUCAUACUACUAGUGAGGUAGUUUGGCCUGAAGGACCUUUACAAGACUUAAAAGUGCUUGUUCAUCAACCUAUCACCUUGUUUUGUGAUAAUACCUCAGCUCAACACAUUGCUGAGAAUCAUGUGCUACAUGAAAGAACAAAGCACAUCAAGCUUGAUGUUCAUUAUGUUAGAGAAAACGUUCAAUCUAGUUUUCUUAAACUUCAACAUGUUUCAUCUGGAUUACAAUAG